AUGAUGGAAGUGAAAGUGGAGUGUGAAGAACUGAAUGUAGUGGAGGAGGAUCAUCAGUAUCAGAGACCUCAGGAGGUCAUAACAGGAGAAAAGCCGUCACAGUCCGAAAGCGAUUUCUCCCAGAAAAGAACAGGAACCAAAAAAGCACCAUUCAUCUGCCCUCAGUGUGGGAAGUGUUUCACACUCAAAGUGAAUCUCAAAAGCCACAUCAAAAUUCACACCGGAGAGCGCGAUUUCACCUGUCUGCAGUGCGGCAGCAGCUUCUUCAAAAACGCCGAUCUGAAGAGACACCUGCAAACACACACCGGAGAGAAGCCGUUCAUCUGUCCUCACUGCGGGAAGAGCUUCACACGCAAAGAGAGCCUGGAGAAUCACAUCCGGAUCCACACCGGAGAGAAGCCUUUCACCUGCCUGCUGUGCGCCAAGAGCUUCAUACGCAAAGGACACUUUAAGAACCACAUGCGCAUUCACUCCGGAGAGCGUCCGUUCACGUGUCACGAGUGUGGGAAGAGCUUCACGCAGGCCACCAUCCUCAAAAACCACCAGCACUCGCACUCGGGAGAGAGACCGUUCAGCUGCGGCCAGUGCGGUAAAAGCUUCAUCUCAGCGAAGCACCUGAAGAUCCACCAGAAAAUUCACCAGAAGCUUUUCUUGUGCUCUUUCUGUGGAAAGGUGUUCUCGCAGCUGGGCUACCUGAAAGAGCACCAGAAAAUACACAGCGGCGAGAAAGCUCACAUGUGCUCGGUGUGCGGGAACAGCUUCUCUAGAGCCAAAUAUCUGAAAGAGCAUCAGAAGGUCCAUACGGGAGAGAAACCCUACAAGUGCUCACAUUGUGACAAGAGCUUCAGUCAGUCAGGGAACCUGAAAAUACACGAGAGAGUUCACACCGGAGAGAAGCCGCACCGCUGCCCGCCAUGUGGAAGGAGUUUCGUCACAUCCAGCGCUCUGCUGUCUCAUCGAAGGAAAUGUCGCCAAAAGUUGUCGUAG